UUUCCAUCAUGAUGGCUUAGUGGUACUAGGAGCACCGAGUAAAAAAAAUGUCUAUUCAAAGGCUGCUGCCCUUUUCUCCUCUUGUUUUGAAGCAGGAAAAUGCCUCUUUGCCAUGACUACGAGAGGACUGCUUUGUUGUCAUUCAAAGCUAGUUUCAUCACUCUCAAAUCAGCAUCCCAUAAUCCUUUUGCUUACCCAAAGUUGGCUUCAUGGAAUACCAAUGGAGAAAAUGCUACUGGGAAUUGCUGUUCAUGGGAUGGUGUUGAGUGUGACCAGAACACCGGCCAUGUGAUCGGUCUUGAUCUUAGUAGCAGCUUUCUCUAUGGUUCUAUUAACUCCACAAGCCAGCUUUUCAAUCUUUCUCAACUCCAGAGUCUCAACCUUGCAGACAAUGAUUUCAACUUUUCUUAUAUCCCAACAAGAAUUGGCCAGCUCUCGAGGCUUGUAUAUCUCAACCUUUCUGCUUCUAUGUUUUCUGGGCAAAUCCCGUUUGAAAUUUCACAGCUUUCCAAUUUAUUAUACCUUGAUUUGUCUCUGUCAUCAGGGGAAGAAAAGCUAUUGGAACUUAAAAAGCCUGGCUUAAGAGGCUUAGUCCAUAACUUAACUAGCCUACAACAUCUUGAUCUCAGUUACGUUGAGAUAAACUCUGUUGUGCCUGAAAGCUUGGGAAACUUGUCGUCUUUGAGGUAUAUUGACCUGACAAGAUGUGGAAUGCAUGGGAAUUUUCCAAAUAAAAUAUUUGAGUUGCCAAACUUAGAGUUUCUUAAUGUGAGAUUCAAUGGAAACCUGAGUGGGAAUUUGCCUGAGUUCCAUUCAGGUAGCCCUCUCAAGUCUUUAAGGCUCGGGAACACCAGAUUCUUUGGUGGAUUGCCUUCUUCAAUCUCAAACCUUGAUUCCUUGACCGAAUUGCGUAUUAGAGGAUGCAACUUCUCAGGGUCUAUUCCAUCUUCCAUUGGAAACCUCACCAAGCUCACAUAUCUAGACCUUGCAAACAACUCUUGGCAUGGCCAAAUCCCUUCUUCUCUGCAAAAUCUAACCCAGCUAAGUUAUUUGCAGCUCAGUUACAAUGCCUUUAGAGGUCAGAUAUUGCCAACUUUGUCAUGGAUUGGUAAGCUUUCAAAACUCAUUUUGUUGGACUUGACUAAGACUAACUUAACAGGUUCAAUCCCUUCUUCUUUUUCAAACUUGACCCAACUAUCCAAUUUUAGGUUGGCAUACAAUCAUUUGACUGGCCAAGUUCCACUUUGGCUCAUGAACUUCACUCAGUUGACUGAUUUGUACCUAUCCCAAAACUUCUUAACUGGGACAUUGCAGCUUGAAACUUUCAUAAACCAUGCUUCUUUGACCAUACUUCGUCUGUCACAUAACCAGUUGACGUUGGUCUCAAAAACCAACUCAAAUACCACUCUUGGCAAGUUGGAAGGUCUUGAGUUGGCUUCAUGCAACUUGAAUAGAUUACCAGAUUUUCUAAAUUUUCGAAACAAAUUAGAGUGCUUGAUUUAUCAGAAAACAAUCUUCACGGAACAAUUCCCAAACUAGAAUCUACAUGGUCUAACAUUGAAGUCAUAGACCUUAGUUCCAACAAGCUGGAGGGUUCCCUCCCUAUUCCGCCUCCAACCCUUACAUCUUAUUUGGUCUCCAACAAUACUCUGAGUGGAGAAAUUUCACCAUCUAUAUGCCAAUUGAAUUCACUCUAUGCCCUUGAUUUAUCUUACAACAAUUUCAGUGGCCAACUUCCUUCGUGUUUGGGCAACUCCAGUGAUUCCCUGACUGUAUUGAAGCUCCAAAACAACAACUUUCAUGGCCCAAUUCUGCCCACAUGUACAGAGGAAAAUGGCUUGUUAAAACUGAUCGAUUUGAGUUACAACCGGUUUCAGGGUCAAGUACCAAGAUCAUUAGCCAACUGCAGAGAGUUGGAAUAUCUAAAUGUUGGUAACAAUUUGAUCGGAGACACUUUUCCGUUUUGGUUGGCAACUCUUCCUGAGCUUAAGGUUCUUAUGUUGAGUUUCAAUGAGUUUUAUGGUGCAAUAUGGAAUGAUGAGACAGAUCACUCUUUCCCCAAGCUGCGAAUUAUAGACCUUUCUCACAACCAUUUCUCUGGAGGCUUGCCUUUGAAGUACUUUCAGUAUUUCAAUGCAAUGAAAGUUGUUUACUCAUCAUCAAAGUUAAAAUAUAUGCAGCUUAACCAGUCAUUUGACUUACAAGCAUACAAAAUCAAUCGAAAUUUCGGGUACUCAGUUACCUUGACAAACAAAGGCAUCAAGAUGACGUACACAAAGAUCCAAGAACUUCUGACAGCCAUAGAUUUUUCAAGCAAUGAAUUUGAAGGAGAAAUUCCAGAGUUACUUGGGAAUCUAAAAGGGCUUAGUUUGCUGAACCUUUCGAACAAUAAGCUUGUGGGUGGUAUACCGGCGUCUUUAGGAAGCAUUGAAGAGCUAGAGACAUUGGACCUUUCCCGAAACAAGCUCUCUGGAGAGAUCCCUCAGCAACUUACUAAAGCUCAACUUCCUCAGCUUCUUCAAUGUGUCGCAUAACCAUCUCACGGGGUCUAUACCACAAGGUGGACAGUUCGAUACGUUUGAGAAUAGUUCUUUUUCCGACAACUUUGGAUUGUACAAGAAACAUGUAAAUACUGAGGCCUCAUCACCUCCUUCAAGAGCAGUUGACAAUGGUGAAAGCUCAGAAAAUGGAGUUGAACUUGACUGGAAAGCAGUUCUGAUGGGAUAUGGAAGUGGGGUUGUGUUUGGUGGUGUUAUAGGCUAUAUUGUGAUCCAAAAGAAACUGGACUGGUUUUUGGAUGCUUUUAGAAUCAGGAGGAGAGUUAUGUAACUUCGUUUUUCUGAUGGUAUGUUACUUCAAACGUAUUUUAUUCGAUUGGUGUAAUAUUUAUGUAUCUGUAGUUUCGUAACAUUGUAUGUAUAUGUGGAUUUGCUAUAAAAAUACUGUAAAAUAACUCUUUUUAAGUGGGCUUCCUUAUGUGCAUAUUAAACCACACAAAUUUAAAAAAAUUUAUU